UACAACUGUCAUAAAUUGUAUUUUGUAGCAGUACUUAUUUGUGAUAAAAGUGUAUCCUCUGUCCUGGCGCAGUCGCCGGUGCUAAUAGGUAGUGUAGUUCUUCCCUGAUAUUGAGCCCAAACUCAACGCGCGUAGUAUGAGCUUCCUGUCUUUUUGUCAACCCCGUACAUGAUGUUGACAUUUUAACACGCACUUCUAACCGACUUUACUUCGUCGUUAGAUUUAAAACGGAAUGACAACAUAAUAAUAUACCAUAUAUUACGUUCGCUUACUUCUUCGGUGGUGGAAUUAUGGAAGGUCGCUGCUGUGUGGAAACUUGGACAGAGUUUGGAUUUUUAGGCACUUGGUCGAAAAUAACUCACGGUUUUGGCUCAGAUGUUUUCCUCCUGACAGGCACUGAUGAAGUGUGUGUGUUCAGUAUAAAAGAGAAAAAAGUCACAACUGUCCUCCAGUUUCCUGCUCCAGUCACUGACCUGGUUCUGACUCCUGACCAAGAGUUUCUUUACGUGUCGUGCAACAGUGGUGUUUUCUGUUUCAGUCGAUCAUUCCUAAUAUCCAGGACACAGAGAGGCAGAGCUGAAGAGUCUUCUGAUCCAGAUGUGUUACAGAUCACCUCAGAAUUCCUCACUGUUGAAGAGGAAGGAGUGCUAUCACUGCUCCUUGUCAAGUCCGUCCUCCUGGUCCUUUCCUGUAGAGAUGAAUCUUGGAUUUGGAGUCUCUACAAAUCUACCAGAGAAGCCUACUCCAGCCGGUUUGAAAGGACUGGCUCACUUACUUUGCCAAUGGUGUCAGCUGCUGUGCUCAGAGACACAGAGAUGAACACAAGACUGAGAAGGAGACCAGUGCUGAUUUGUCUCCUUUCUUCGUCCACAUCUUCCUCAGUGGAGACUCUGUCACAUGGCCAUUUCCUGAUUGAGUCUGUCCUCUUUAAACUCCUCUUUGGGAUUGACACUGCAUUAGCUAAAUCACCUGUUAUCCUCUGUGGCCUUCCAGAUGGACGUCUGUGUUUUUUUCCUCUGCAUCUUCCGGUAUCACGACUCCGGAUCCUGCACAGCCUGCAGCAACCUGUUGUUUUCAUCGGAGCAUCUGAUUUCACAGAAGCUUCGGCAGGACAUGCACAGUGUUUGGUGGCAGUGGGUGGAGAAGGUAGAAUCUUGGUGAUGAAGACUGAUAAAGGAGAAUCAGAGGGUGGAGACAGAACUGUUGGGUUUGUGGAGCGGUGUGUGGCUGCACCUGUGGUGUGUGGGUUUGUGGACAAACAGCAUCUUUACUACAGCACUGGUUCAGAUCUGAUGGUGCUGGAACUGAGUCAGGGAUCAACAGUGAGAGGAGAACAGGAAAGAGCUGAUGAGACAUGGCGGAGGUCAGCAGAUCCUGCUGCUGUGCUCCACACUCCCAUCAGUCUCAAUGUCUGCAGAAUCACGACAUUGGCGGCAGCUGUGGACAACACUGCAGGAGUAGUUGAGCUGUUGGGCUUAUCCACUAGAGGGCAGCUGCUCAAAAUCACCUUACCUGUGAGGAAUAAAGACGCAGAAACAUCCAGUGUACCUUCGCCGCAGGUGGGCCACAGUGUCAGGGAUCUCCUGUCUUCUAUUGGAGAUGUUUACGACAGAGUAUCUGCAUUAAAAGGGGCCAUCAAAUCCAAAAACAAAAUUCUGCAGUACCUGAAUCAGGUGCUAUUCCGGCUGAGAGAGAGAGCAAGUGGUGAUGGUCAGCUUUCCAAGCAAAUCAGAUGCCGUGCCGAAACCAGGUGGACCAGACUUCUCCAGAAAGACUUUGUGAUCCUGACGUGUGUCCUGGAAAACCUGAGUCCUUAUUCUCUGGAGAAAGGCUGGUCACUGAGCCUCACAGUUUCUCCUCUGUCACAUUCUCCCAGCGUGAGUGGAGAACAAUCCACAAGAAAUUACUCUUUCUCAUUUCACAACCUCCGUCCUGGAGGAACCUUCGAUGUGUCGCUGCCUUUAGCAGAUGCAGGUGAUUCAUCAUUUCCUGUGCAGAUUAGCUGUUCGCUCAUCUUCUUACUCUCCAGUCUCCUGGAGGAGGACGACAUGGUGAAAGUUCCUUCUCUGCAGAACACCUGUUUCAGUUUGCCUCUGAAUGGACUCACAGUGGACUGGUUACAUGUGCUACAGGUGGACACACAUCAAGUCCAUAGAAACUCUACGUUCCACUCUCUGAACAACUCCACCAACACUAUCCGAGCCUUUCUGGGCUCUCUUAGGACUAAAGGUUUUGGCCAAUUGGAGGCAGGAGGUGAUGAUCCUUCAAAGAGCGAGCGUGAGCAGUUUUCAGCCAGGAUACGUGUGUCAUCACAGCUGUUGAAGGACACAUUGGGAUCCAGUUUGGAUCAUCAGGGUCCAUCGUUGAACCUUUGUCUGUCUCUUAUAAACUGGCUGAUGUCUGAUGGUCCUGCAGGAGGAAAGACAGGACAUGUGGGAGACAAAAUGGACCGGAGCAGCUCAGUGGUCCAGGCUCAAGGUCCAAAUGGAGAAAGAGUCAGACUGACCGCAACAGAGAUUGGUGUUGGAGACAAACUGGAGUCUGUGAGUGCCGUAGAAGUUCAGGUUGACAGCUCAUCACUGACAGCUGUGUGUGGACUCCAUCACGCUGUGCUGCAACGGCUACAGGCUCUGAUGCGGAGUGCUCCGGAGAGUGCUCCUAACAGAACGCUUCAGACGUUGGGCGUAAGAGCAGCACUGCAGCGAGCAGAGCGCCUGUUGCAGCAAGUCCAGCAGAGCCGACUCUCUAGAGCUCUCGGUGAGGACAUUUCCCUGGGACAGCAGACCAGAUGUCUUCUCUCUGUCUACAGAGAACUGAGAGAAAAUCCUCUCGUCAUACUGUAAUCACACACAGCUGCCCCUGCAGCCAGUUUCAGCCUUCGAGUCUGGUCAGGAAUUGGCAUUUUGAGCAUCAGUUAGUCUGAAAACAUGUUCUUGUAAAGAAAUAAAACAUAUUUUUCCCAAUACAGAUAAAGUUUUUGUGGUGAUUUGGUGGAGAACAUAAUUAUCUGUUAAUUGGCAUUUGGUAAAGUAGUCAUUAUCGAGGGCAAGUUGUUCAGUAAAAUUAUUGUUGCUCCAGGUGAGGCUGAAACUCACAACGCCAGCUCACUCUGCAGGUUACUGUCCUAUGAGUACUGCACGCUAACUGAUUACGCCACUGGAGCUUGUAGUAUUUCCUGUUUCUUUAGAUUAAAUUAAAACAACGUGUUAAGAAACAAUUAGCAUAUUGUCUGACAUCCACAGUCUGAAUGGAUAUCACAUCAGAUGGAUAGACAGUGUCUGUUUUAAGUCAAAGUUUAAGUCACUAGAGACACGUCUGAGUCAAGUCAAGUCUCCAGGGUUUGGAGCUCUGGUCUGAAGGUCAGAAGAAAAAGCAAGAGGUGGUGAUGAUUUAGACUUACUAGAAGAUGACUUUUUAAAAAUAGUUGAAUGUUUUAGUCUCAAGGGUUUGAGUCAUCGGUUAGUCCCGAAAUACAAGCUCCUUGAAAUACGAGUUUUCCAAGUGACGAGUAAGUAACUAAGUGCUCAACCGAGCUCCAUUUUUCCAUUCCACACUGUCUCACUCACUGUCCCUCGCUUGGUCAUUUUACCUGUCGCUU